GAUUCUGUCAUUGAUUUGUUUCGUUUUGCUUCUUCUGGAGGCCGACAAUGAUUAUUAUCCACGCGGUUAUUACGGCUAUCGGUAUCCGCCUUCCGAUCAAUUCUUGAUUUUAGUUUGUUUUGCCAAUUGGUAUACAAUCACAUUGAUGUUGAUAGCAGCGCUGAUAUCUUUGGGAACGGCUAGCAUUUUACCGAAAACCAGUUUUGAUUUCAUAUAUCACUUCAUUGGAUGCAUACUAUACUUGAUCGGAGGUCUUUGGGUGGCUAUCGGUGCCUUCAAACACGAAAACCGUAGCACUUAUGUGCAGGUGUCGUGUGUGUUGGCCCUCAUCUGCGGAAUACUUCAUUUGGUUCACGGAGUCUUCUCUUACAGACUCUGUAUUACUAAUUGAGACACAAUUCAAACAAUACUCUAAAUGCAAAACUAUUAUUGCUUUAAAUAAUCGUUAGAUUGAGAAUACAAUUUUUGGAUGAAUUUUUGAAAUGAAUGCACAGAAUAUUCAAUGGAUUAAGUGGUGGUGUAGUGCACAACAACUGAUCAUUUUUGUCAAAUCCUUACGAAAGUACUUAUGAAUUACUCGAGCUUUUGUACAACG